UGCCACUGUUCAGCUCCGUGAGAAGGGAGCCAGUGACUCGGAGACAGUGACUCAGAGGCAGAGCGGCGCGAGGGCCAAGGAGCACGGGCAUCCAUGGAUCCUGGGGGCCCCCUCAGGACCAGGUGACAUCCUUCCCCUUCCACCACACUCCACAUCCUCAGCAGGGAGUGGCUUCUCCCUUCUUCAUGGACUUCCAAGAGAGGGACACUCCCUCCCUGGCCGAGAGCGCUCAGUCCUCGAAGCCCAGCAGUGCCCAGCAGGCCUCCGAGCUGUGGGAGGUAGUGGAGGAGCGGCGGGGCCGGCUGGGGGCAGAGGGUAUCAUGCCUGAGAGGCAGGAAGGACACCUGCUCAAGAAGAGGAAGUGGCCGCUGAAGGGCUGGCACAAGAGAUACUUUGUGCUCGAGGAUGGGAUCCUUCACUAUGCAACAACCCGGCAAGAUAUCACCAAGGGGAAGCUCCAUGGCUCCAUUGAUGUCCGGCUGUCAGUCAUGUCUAUCAACAAAAAGGCCCAGCGCAUUGACCUUGACACCGAAGACAACAUCUACCACCUCAAGAUCAAAUCCCAGGACCUGUUCCAGAGCUGGGUGGCCCAGCUGCGUGCCCACCGCCUGGCCCAGUGCCUGGACAUGCCCCGUGGCCUGCUGCCCAGUACCGCUCAUCGGAAGGUUCCUGGCACUCAGCUUCCGACAGCGGGUAGCACCUCAGCCCUACCUGGGGUUGGACCUCGGGAAAAGGUGUCUUCCUGGCUGAGGGACAACGAUGGGCUGGACCGCUGCUCUCAUGAGCUCUCUGAAUGUCAGGGGAAGCUCCAGGAACUACACAGGCUCCUCCAGAGCCUGGAGUCACUGCACCGAAUCCCCUCAGCCCCUGUGAUCCCCACACACCAGGCCUCAGUGACAACUGAGAGACCCAAGAAGGGAAAACGGACCAGCCGCAUGUGGUGCACCCAGAGCUUUGCCAAGGACGACACUAUUGGACGGGUUGGUCGUCUCCACGGCUCUGUUCCUAACCUGUCUCGCUACCUGGAGUCCCGGGAUUCCUCAGGCCCCCGUGGGCUACCACCCCCAGACUAUGCCCACCUGCAGCGCAGCUUCUGGGCCCUGGCUCAGAAGGUGCACAGCUCCCUCAGCAGCGUCCUGGCUGCCCUCACCGCCGAACGGGAUCGACUGAGGGAUCUGCACCCAGGGUCCGAGCUAUCAGCAUUGGGGGUCUCUGAGGCCCUGGGUGGCCAGAGGCGCCUUCACUCGCUGUCCACCUCCUCAGACACCACUGCAGACUCCUUCAGUUCCCUCAACCCCGAGGAGCAAGAAGCUCUGUACAUGAAGGGGCGAGAGCUGACCCCCCAGCUGUCCCAGAGCAGUAUCCUGUCCCUUGCCGAUUCCCACACAGAGUUCUUUGAUGCCUGCGAGGUUCUCCUCUCUGCCAGCUCUUCUGAGAAUGAGGGCUCAGAGGAGGAGGAGUCGUGCACCAGUGAAGUCACCACCAGCCUGUCUGAGGAGGUGCUGGACCUCAGGGGAGCCGAGCGCUAUCAGAAAGGGGGGUGUGUUCCAGGGAGAGCUGCAGGGCCCCCCCGCCGCCGCUGUCUGCCUGCGGCCAGCGGGCCCGGGGCGGACGUGAGCCUGUGGAACAUACUGCGAAACAACAUCGGCAAAGACCUGUCCAAGGUGUCGAUGCCCGUGCAGCUCAACGAGCCGCUCAACACCCUGCAGCGGCUCUGCGAGGAGCUGGAGUACAGCAGCCUCCUGGACCAGGCCAGCCGCAUCGCCGACCCCUGCGAGCGCAUGGUGUACAUCGCAGCCUUCGCUGUCUCUGCCUAUUCCUCCACCUACCACCGGGCAGGCUGCAAGCCCUUCAACCCCGUCCUGGGGGAGACCUACGAGUGUGAGCGGCCUGACCGAGGCUUCCGGUUCAUCAGUGAGCAGGUCUCCCACCACCCCCCGAUCUCGGCAUGCCAUGCGGAGUCUGAGAACUUCAUCUUCUGGCAAGACAUGAAGUGGAAGAACAAGUUCUGGGGCAAAUCCCUGGAGAUCGUCCCUGUGGGGACAGUCAACGUCAGCCUGCCCAGGUUUGGGGACCACUUUGAGUGGAACAAGGUGACAUCCUGCAUUCACAACAUCCUGAGUGGCCAGCGCUGGAUCGAGCACUACGGGGAGGUGCUCAUCCGAAACACACAGAACAGCUCCUGCCACUGCAAGAUCACCUUCUGCAAGGCCAAGUAUUGGAGUUCCAACGUCCAUGAGGUACAAGGCGCCGUGUUCAGUCGCAGCGGCCGUGUCCUCCACCGGCUCUUUGGAAAGUGGCACGAGGGGCUGUACCGGGGCCCCCUGCCAGGUGGUCAGUGCAUCUGGAAACCCAACUCAAUGCCCCCAGACCACGAGCGAAACUUUGGCUUCACUCAGUUCGCCUUGGAGCUGAAUGAGCUGACGGCAGAGCUGAAACGGUCACUGCCUUCCACCGACACGCGGCUCCGGCCAGACCAGAGGUACCUGGAGGAGGGGAACAUACAGGCCGCUGAGGCCCAGAAGAGAAGGAUCGAGCAGCUGCAGCGGGACAGGCGCAGGGUGAUGGAGGAGAACAACAUCGUGCACCAGGCUCGCUUCUUCAGGCGGCAGACGGACAGCAGCGGGAAGGAGUGGUGGGUGACCAACAACACCUACUGGAGGCUGCGGGCAGAGCCGGGCUACGGGAACCUGGAUGGGGCCGUGCUCUGGUAGCCCUGGCCCCGGGGGCAGGAUUCUCUGGUUCCUCACUCCUGCCUCCGCCCCUACCACGGACACAUGGGUGAGGCCAGGCUCCCCACUCACUGCCCUUGAGACCAGAAGGACAGCCUGGCUCUGGCCCUCUGUCCCCUCUGCCGGCCAGGGGGGCCACAUCUUGGCCUAUCCCCCACCCCACAGUUUGGGGUGAGAGUCAGAAUCUGCUUUCCCAGUCUUGUUGCCCCAACCAACUGGCAUGUAAGACCCUUUUUGCUCUGUCAGUUCCCUUCCUGUCCCCUUUGGGGUGCUUGGGGCAGACUCCAGGCUCCCAAGAUCUGUUCCCCAUUUCAGUGCCUUCCUAAGACACAGGGGACCCCUUGACGCUCCCCAAGCUUUCUCUGGCCCCAGUGAUGAGGUUCAAAUGCGUGAAGGAGAGGAGGUGGCCUUUUCUUCCUCCCUGCCCCUCCCCUGGCCCCAUCUCCAGUGUCUUCUCCUUGCCCUGGCUCAGCAGGGCUUUCUCCAUCUCCCCUUGGUUGGCCCCCGGCCAUCCCUCCCAUCCUCCCAGAUCCUCUUCACCCAAACUGCAAAAUGCCUGCAGCCUCCAGCUCCUUUGUCCACGAUCCUCAAGUUGUUCCCUUCAGCCUCUACCCAGCAGAUCCCCACAGUGGACGAGGCCUCUCCCCGGGACGGGGAGCGGACGGAGGCACCUGGCCUCAGACCCACAGGGAGCAAGUGAGUGGGUGUGAGGGUGUAAGUCCACGUAAGGGAGCGCGUGUGUGCGCACGUGUGUGUGUGUGCACGCGCGCGCCUGUGUCCUGCUUGCAGGCGAGCAGGUUCCCUUGAUGUAGCCCGGACAUCCCCCUGCUGGGUGUCCACCACGUUGCUGCUCUUUUUCUCACAGUCUGCCUCUGAUGAAGGUGAAUGGCUAUGACAUUCCAAGCUCCAAUAAAGACUGUCCCAGUC